AUGGCUUCUUUACAAGAUCGCCUGGAGCGGUGGGCUGAACGCUUAAAUAACCUUACCGUCUCACCAUUGACUCGAGAUUAUCCCGACACACAAAAGCAAGAUGGUAGCCGAACCAUUGAGGCCUUUGAGUCAGUCACUCUUCCCAAGGAGACUCAAUUGGCCCUGAAGAAAUUCUCGAGCUCUUCUUCAAAUUUCACCGUCUUUUUGACUUCCUUUAUCGUUUUGGUUGCUCGUUUGACCGGUGACGAGGAUAUUGCUGUGGGCACUAGCGUUGCUGAUGACGGUCGUCCAUUCGUUCUGCGGGUGCCAAUUGAUGCAUCGGAGUCAUUUUCCCAGCUGUAUGCUAAAGUAGACAAGGCAUUCAAUGAAGGUGCUGCCGAUAUUGUGCCCCUCGGUAGUCUCCGAACCCAUAUCCAGGAAAAGUCCAAGUCCGAAAGAACUCCCAUCCUGUUUAGAUUCGCCGCCUACGAUGCUCCUGCUGCUUCGAAGGAAUACCCUGCGAACACAUUCGACAGCACCGACUUGGUCGUCAACAUUGCCGCCGGUGGUGAGGACGCGCAAUUGGGAGCCUACUACAACCAGCGUCUCUUCUCAAGUGCCAGAAUUGCCAUUAUCCUGCAGCAAUUGGCUCAGAUUACCAACAAUGCUGCCGCCAACCCAGAGGAGGCUAUUGGCCGUGUGGACAUGAUGACCGAGCAGCAGCGGUCCAAGAUCCCUCAGCCCGAUUCCGAUCUUAACUGGUCCAAGUUCCGUGGUGCGAUUCACGAUAUCUUCUCUGCCAAUGCCGAGAGGCACCCCGAGAAGCUUUGCGUGGUGGAGACCAAAUCUGGCAACUCUACUCAUCGAGAAUUCACCUACAAGCAGAUCAAUGAGGCCUCCAACAUCCUUGGACACCACCUCGUUCAGUCUGGUAUCCAGCGCGGCGAUGUUGUCAUGGUCUAUGCUUACCGUGGCGUAGACCUGGUUGUGGCUGUGAUGGGUAUCCUGAAGGCAGGUGCCACAUUCUCAGUUAUUGACCCUGCCUACCCCCCAGAGCGCCAGAACAUCUAUCUCGAUGUUGCUCGCCCUCGUGCUUUGAUCAACAUCGCUAAGGCUACCCGUGAUGCCGGUGAGCUGUCAGAUAUCGUCCGAUCAUUCAUCAACGAGAACCUUGAGCUCCGCACAGAAAUCCCUGCUCUGGCCCUUCAGGAUGAUGGAACUCUUGUUGGUGGCUCUAUCAAUGGCCAGGAUGUUCUUGCCCCCCAGGUUGAGUCGAAGUCUAAGCCCGUCGGCGUUGUUGUCGGUCCUGAUUCUACUCCCACUCUGUCCUUUACAUCUGGUUCAGAAGGUCGCCCUAAGGGUGUUCGUGGUCGUCACUUCUCUCUAGCAUACUACUUCCCCUGGAUGUCUGAAACUUUUAAGCUCACACCGGAUGACAAGUUUACUAUGCUGAGUGGUAUUGCCCACGACCCUAUCCAGCGUGAUAUUUUCACACCCCUUUUCCUGGGUGCCCAGCUUUUGGUCCCCGCUAAGGAGGAUAUUCAAAAUGAGAAGCUUGCAGAGUGGAUGCAGAACUACGGUGCCACUGUCACUCACCUUACCCCAGCCAUGGGUCAAAUUCUCGUUGGUGGUGCUUCAGCGCAGUUCCCUUCUCUUCACCACGCCUUCUUUGUCGGUGAUAUCCUUAUCAAGCGUGACUGUCGCUCGCUUCAGGGUCUUGCCCCCAACGUUGCAAUUGUCAACAUGUACGGAACUACUGAAACCCAACGUGCUGUCAGUUACUACGAAAUCCCCAGCUACUCCAGCCAGGAAGGUUUCCUCGAUACCAUGAAGGACGUCAUCCCGGCCGGUCGUGGUAUGGUGGAUGUUCAAAUGCUGGUUGUCAACCGCUUCGAUCCCACACGUAUUUGCGCCAUUGGUGAAGUCGGUGAGAUCUACGUGCGUGCUGCAGGUCUUGCCGAGGGAUACCUGGGCUCUCCUGACCUGAAUGCUAAGAAGUUCUUGACCAACUGGUUUGUCAAGCCCGAAGUCUGGACUGAGAAGUACAAGGUCGAGGCUCAGGGCUCCAACGAGCCGUGGCGGGAGUUUUAUGUCGGCCCCCGCGACCGCCUCUACCGUAGCGGUGAUCUGGGCAGAUACACCCCGUCCGGCGACGUGGAAUGCUCUGGUCGUGCCGAUGACCAGGUGAAGAUUCGUGGUUUCCGUAUUGAGCUCGGUGAAAUUGACACUCACCUUUCUCGUCACCCCUUGGUCCGUGAGAAUGUCACCCUGGUCCGACGUGACAAGUUCGAGGAGCCAACUCUGGUUAGCUACUUCGUUCCUGACAUGACCAAGUGGACUCAGUGGCUGGAGAGCAAGGGCUUGCAGGAUGACCAGAGUGCUGAGGGUAUGGUUGGUUUGCUCCGCCGGUUCCGUCCUCUGCGUGAUGAUGCUCGUGAUCACCUCCGUAGCAAGCUCCCAACCUACGCUGUGCCUACAGUCAUCAUUCCUCUUAAGCGUAUGCCUUUGAACCCCAACGGUAAGAUUGAUAAGCCCGCAUUGCCAUUCCCUGACACUGCCGAGCUGAGUGCUGCUGCGCCUCGCCGUCGCUCCUCUGCCAUGCAGAAACUGUCCGAGACCGAGCAAGCUCUUGCUCAAAUCUGGGCUAAGCUCAUUCCCAACGUGACCUCGCGUAUGAUUGGAUCUGAAGACUCCUUCUUCGAUCUUGGUGGUCACAGUAUCCUCGCUCAGCAGAUGUUCUUCGAUCUCCGCCGCAAGUGGCGUGGUAUUGACAUUAGCAUGAAUGCUAUUUUCCGCAGCCCUACCCUGAAGGGCUUUGCCGGCGAGAUUGAUCGUCUCGUUGACCGAGAGGCCUUUGCCACUAGCGACGGUCCUGAUAGUGCUGCUGUACAGGCUGCGAAUGAGCCUGAUGAUGAAUACUCCAAGGAUGCUCGCAGACUGGUCAGCGAGCUGCCAGCGUCAUUCCCUGUGCGCACCGAGUCUAUGCUUGCCAGCGAGCCUACAGUCUUCCUUACUGGUGCCACUGGUUUCUUGGGUGCGCAUAUCCUUCGUGAUCUGCUUACCCGUAAGAAUCCCGAGGCCAAGGUGGUUGUUCUGGUCCGCGCCAAGAGCGAGGAGCAGGCGCUUGAGCGUGUUCGUUCCACCUGCAGCGCUUACGGUUUCUGGGAAGAGUCCUGGGCUAGCGGCCGCGUUCAGGCCCUCUGUGGUGACCUCGGAAAGCCGCAGUUCGGCCUAUCACAGGCUACCUGGGAUGACCUUACCAACCGUGUUGAUGCUGUGAUCCACAACGGUGCGCUUGUUCACUGGGUUUACCCCUACGCUACACUGAAGCCCGCCAAUGUUCUGGGCACUAUUGAUGCGCUGAAGCUCUGCGGUAGUGGCAAAGCCAAGCAGUUUGGUUUCGUCAGUUCCACCUCUGCCUUGGAUAAGGACUACUACGUGCAAGAAUCCGAGCGCAGUCUUGCUGCCGGCGGAAACGGUGUCAGCGAGGAAGAUGACCUCGAGGGCAGCGCUGUUGGUCUCGGCACUGGUUACGGUCAAAGCAAGUGGGCUGGUGAAUACCUUGUCCGCGAAGCUGGUCGUCGUGGAUUGAAGGGAACUAUCAUCCGAUCCGGAUACGUGCUUGGUGAUUCGAAGUCUGGAACCACCAACACUGAUGAUUUUUUAAUCCGAAUGAUGAAGGGCUGCAUUCAGCUCAAUGCUCGCCCGAACAUUCACAACACGGUAAACAUGGUCCCCGUCGACCAUGUGUCACGUAUCGUGAUCAGCACAACUUUCCACCCUCCCCGUGCCCCUAUUGGAGUUGCUCAUGUCACCGGGCACCCUCGUCUUCGUUUCAAUGAGUUCCUUGGCGCCUUGGAACUCUACGGAUACAAUGUGCCGCAAAUUGAUUAUGUUCCAUGGUCCCUACUCCUGGAGCAAUAUGUCAAUGACGGACAACACGAUGAUAAGGACUCCCAGCACGCACUCAUGCCACUCUACCACUUCGUCACUUCGGACCUUCCCUCCAACACCAAGGCACCGGAGUUGUCGGACACCAAUGCAGCUGCUGCUUUGAAGGCGGACGCUGUUUGGACAGGGGUUGAUGCAUCGGCAGGUGCUGGCGUGACCGAGGAGUUAGUUGGUCUUUAUGCCUCGUAUCUGGUGCAAACCGGGUUCCUUCCCGCACCUACGGUUGCUGGGGCCCGUCCCCUUCCGGUAGCCCGUAUAACCGAGGAGCAGAAGCAGACUCUCCUGAAUGUUGGCGGCCGCGGCGGAUCGUCAUAA